UCCAUUCUUUAUUUGGAGACAGAAGGCUCAGUGCUUGUGAGACACAGCGUGUGAUGGAGGACGCUCGCACACAAAGCAUCCUUUCCCAUUCCUGAGCCAGCUCUCCUUGCCGUUGCCCGUUCGCUGACACUUCAUUCCCUCUUUCUGAAACCUCAUCAAUGCGGUUCUUCAGACUCACAUUCAAGUGCUUCGUGGACUGCUUCUGAAUCCCCCUCCCCGGCUCUCCGUGGUUCCCUCUAUCUUUUUUUUUUUUUUUGACAAAUAUUUUUUAAGACUGACUUUUUUUUUAUAUAAAAAAAUCAUUUUUGUUUUAAAAAUCUCUGCGCUAAAAAAAAAUCGACAAACGGUUAAAAAAAACACACGAAAAAAAAAUGCGAAGCAUACAAACCACGCCGAAAGAAAAGAACACAGAAAAACCUGGGUGUUCUGGGGCUCCGGACAUGGAAGGAGCCGAGACAGCAGGAGGGGGGGAAGCAGUCCCAGAAGAAAAAGCUGUGAUUGCUCCUCUGGUGGUGCCCUCCGUGGGUCAGGUCAAGAUACCCAUCCCGGAGCGGGAAACUUGGACCCGUCAGAUGGACUUUAUCAUGUCUUGUGUGGGCUUUGCCGUUGGACUGGGGAACGUUUGGAGGUUCCCAUAUCUCUGCUACAAAAAUGGAGGAGGAGUGUUUCUGAUCCCUUAUCUGCUGAUCGUUUUUGUGGGUGGAAUACCGGUGUUCUUUCUGGAGAUUGCUUUGGGGCAGUUUAUGAAACAAGGUGGAAUUGCGGCAUGGAAUAUCGCUCCGCUUUUUAAAGGCCUUGGCUUUGCCUCGAUGGUUAUCGUGUUUUUCUGUAACACCUACUACAUCAUGAUCCUGGUCUGGGGCCUCUAUUACCUGGUGCACUCCUUCACCAACACCCUGCCCUGGGCCACUUGUGGAAAUCCUUGGAACAGCAAGGAGUGCACCGAAGUCUUCCUUGUAGACCAGUGCACCAAUGGGAGUUCAGUCAACGCUACAGUUUCCGGCACACUGGUCAACAUCAGCUGUGAUGCUCUAGUAAAUAAGCGCUCGCCCGUCAUUGAGUUUUGGGAGAGAAAGGUAUUACAGAUCUCUGGAGGUUUGGAUGAGCCUGGGCAGCUCAACUGGCAGAUGAUCCUCUGUCUACUAGCAACAUGGGUUAUUGUGUAUUUCUGCAUCUGGAAAGGAGUUAAAUCAACAGGAAAGGUUGUCUAUUUCACAGCGCUAUUCCCAUACGUGGUCCUGAUAGUCCUCCUGGCCCAUGGGGUGACACUCCCUGGAGCACUGGAUGGCAUUGUGUACUAUCUUAAACCUAAUUGGUCCAAACUUGCUGAAGCUCAGGUCUGGAUUGAUGCCGGUACACAGAUAUUCUUCUCUUACGCUAUAGGGCUAGGUGCUUUGACAGCUCUGGGCAGCUACAACCGAUUUCACAAUAACUGUUAUAGAGAUGCCUAUAUACUGGCUGCUAUUAACAGCACUACGAGCUUCUUUGCUGGAUUUGUGGUCUUCUCGGUUUUGGGAUUCAUGGCAUCAGAGCAGGGUGUUCACAUAUCAAAGGUUGCAGAGUCUGGUCCUGGUCUGGCCUUCAUUGCGUACCCGAAAGCUGUGACUUUAAUGCCAUUUGCACCAAUCUGGGCUGCUCUGUUUUUCUUUAUGCUCUUGAUUUUAGGUCUUGACAGCCAGUUUGUGGGGGUCGAGGGAUUCUUAACCGGCAUAAUGGAUUUAUUUCCUCAACCUAUUAAUGGCUUUGUGCGCAGGGAGGUCACAGCUGCACUCUGCUGCCUUGUGUGCUUCAUCAUUGACCUUUCAAUGGUUACAGAGGGUGGCAUGUACGUCUUCCAGCUCUUUGACUAUUACUCUGCAAGUGGCAUCACUUUGUUGUGGCAGGCGUUCUGGGAGUGUGUGGUUGUCGCAUGGGUCUAUGGUGCUGACAGAUUUAUGGAUGACAUAGCCCGAAUGAUUGGGUACCGACCUCUCCCAUACAUGAAAUGGUGCUGGUCUGUGAUCACUCCCUUGGUCUGUGUGGGCAUCUUUGUGUUUCAUGUGGUCAACUACAAGCCGCUGACAUACAACAAAACUUAUGUCUAUCCCUGGUGGGGAGAGGCGAUUGGCUGGAGUCUGGCUUUGGCUUCAAUGCUCUGCAUACCCCUAACUGUGGUUUGUAAGAUGCUCUGUUCUAAGGGGUCUCUGCGUGAGAGAUGGCACCUACUGACGACACCCGUUUGGGGCCACCACCACCUGGAAUAUCUAACCCCCGAGGCUGAGACCAAAUUGCUCCCACCAGAAACCAUGGUCACCUCCAACAAAGAGAAAUCCACCUUAUUUGAGACAGUUAUCUGAGUCUCAUAUGCAGUAGCUUUGUGUGAAACCUGCUUUAGUGUAACCCUUUGUGCCAAUCUAUUUCUCUUGUCUCUGUGCAGCUUUUUCAAAAAUGGCAAAAGUAGCACAAUGUAAAGGAAAGUCAUGACUAGAGAAUUUCCCUCGGAGGUUCUCAGACCAUUUAAGUGCCAUCAUUUUAAAAACAAGCUAUUGUGCUGGUGCUGCCAUUGCUAUUAAAAACAGAAUCUACGUA